CGGCACGAGCUUCCCGGCUCGGCGAUGGACGACGACUUUGCGUCCAAACUUCCGGUGGAAGUUCGGGGGUCCAACUGGAGCCAGGAGUCUUCGGACGGCGGGGAGACGAGCGGCGCGUACGUGGCGGUGCGCUGCGUCAUGGUGUCCGCGUACACGUUGAUCGUGGUGGUGGGUCUCGUGGGCAACGUGACGCUGGUGAAGAUCUUCAUCAGCACGUCGGCCAUGAGGAGCGUGCCCAACAUCUUCAUCAGCAGCUUGGCGGCGGGAGACCUCCUGCUGCUCCUCACCUGCGUGCCCGUCGACGCCUUCCGCUUCUUCUCCCACCAAUGGCUGCUCGGCCAGGCGGCGUGCAAGCUCAUUCCCGCCAUUCAGCUCACCUCCGUCGGCGUGUCCGUCUUCACGCUCACCGCCCUCAGCGCAGACAGGUACAAGGCCAUCGUCAAGCCCAUGGACAUCCAGACGUCUGGCGCCGUCUUCUGGACGUGCGUGAAGGCGGCGUCCAUUUGGCUGCUGUCCGUCCUGCUGGCCAUCCCCGAGGCCGUCUUCUCCCAAGUGGUCUCCAUGCAGGGUCAAAGGGACAGCGAGAACGUGACCUUCGUCAACUGUGUCCCCUACCCGCUGUCGGACCAGAUGCACCCCAAGAUCCACUCCCUCAUGAUCUUCCUGGUCUACUUCCUGUUCCCGCUGGCCGUCAUCUCCGUCUACUACUACCACAUCGCCCGCACACUCACGCGCAGCGCACACGAUAUGCCCGGGGAGAUCAGCGAGCACACCAAGAGACAGAUGGAGACCAGGAAGCGUCUGGCUAAGAUCGUGUUGGUCUUCGUGGGAUUGUUCGCCCUGUGCUGGCUGCCCAAUCACGUGCUCUACAUGUACCGCUCCUUCCACUACCAGCAGAUGGACGUGUCGCUGGCGCACCUGCUGGUCACGCUGAUAGCACGCGUCCUCAGCUUCUCCUCGUCCUGCGUCAACCCCUUCGCCCUCUACCUGCUAAGCGACAGCUUCCGGCGCCACUUCAACAGUCAGCUGUUCUGCCGCCGCCGCCCGCGCCCGGAGCGCCAAGCCAGCUACCUGCACAGCACCUCCCACAUUCGCCUCACCUCCAUUAAGAAGGCCACGCCCAGCGCUGCCACCGCCGCCAACGGCAGGCCAGAAACGGCCAUGUGACGACGAGUGGGAGUGUGACGUCAAACAGAUCCCGCAGCCCUCUGCCGCCAUCAAGCCGCUAAGCUAGCUAGCAUGCACGCUGAUGAAGAAACAUGGCGGUGCAUAACGAUGUCACCAUCAGCGCACUCCUCAGGAGGAGCCUUCCUGCCAUCAUCGGGAAAUCAAACAUCAAUCAUUGCCCGAUGAUUGCCACACAAUGCACCUGCGCACGUAGCGUUAGCAUGUAGCUCAUGACAUGGUGUGCGGCUUCCAUUAGUGGCGACAGGAAGUGAGAGGCAGAGGAGGGCGCCAUUAAGAAGCAAUCAGGAAAAGCAAUCCGGCCUCACUUUUGCUGUGAUGGAUGGCGGCGGGGCAGGAAGUGGGGGUUCGGCGCUUCCUUUUGGGAACUCGCCGUCGCCAUAUAAAAGCUUCAUAAGACCCACCUUUCACCCUCCCGACAUUAUCAUCACUCAUUCACGACAUAAUCAAUGACAUCAUCAUUAGCAGACGAUCCAAAGUGUUGCUGGGCAAAGAAAACGAUGAAUAGGAGUCUUUUGUGUU